GUCCCUGCGAGUGCGUGCGUGGGAGUGUUUCAGCUCCUCUGUUUGUUCCUCUCUGUCUCCAGUCUGUGUUUAUGAAGCCGUCGCUAUGAAGUUCCUCCUGUUCUCGGCUCUCUGGCUCUCUCUCUGGCUGACAGCUCAGGGACAGAAGCCCCGUCCUUGCGAAUCUCCGGCUCUCCUGGAGGGAAAGCUUUUCACUGCCGCUCCCAGCAAGCACGUGGAGGUGUUUGGUGACUUCUCCUACGAUGGGUACCUGCACAGGUUCCACAUCGCCGAGGAAAUCUUCAUCGGAAACCAGAAGCUGUUUGUGAACUAUAUCAUGCUCUUCAAAGAGUCUCGCCUGUAUAAGAUCUCAUUCCACAAUAAGACCUGUGAGCGUCUGCCCCUGAGUGUCCAUUUCAGACCCCUCGAGGUCCCACAGAACGCCACAUUCGGGGGUCAGCUGAUCAUCGGGGGCUCCUCCAAGCCGGGCGAGGGGCUGCUGGUCAAUCUGUGGAAAGGAACAGACUCCCAAACCCAGGGUAGCUACACCCUGACAUUCACAGAGUUCGGCUGUCUCCCGAUCCAGCAGAGCUACUUCAGCAAAGAGACCGGACCCUUGUUCACAUCUUACUUUGACAUGACGACUGGAAUCCGGGACCCCAAUGUGUUCAUCCCCCCGCCAUUCUGCGACUGAAAACCUGCUGAACCCCAACCUUGCAAAGAGGGAACCCCUCAAUCUGCACUGUGGAACAUUACAAUACCUGCCCCCCCCCCCAAUCACAAUCACAAUCACUCUCUGAUCAGCUGCCUCCAAUUUCUAAAGAUGUGUCUGAUUUCUAAAGAUCUGUCUGAUUGUUAAAGAUGUGUCUGAUUUCUAAAGAUGUGUCUGAUUGCUUGUUUUUAAUAAAGUGUGUAGAGGAA